AUGUUGUUCUCAGACCGCGCUCAAGCAACCAUUAAACAUGACCCACCUCUACCUAUCGAAGGCCGAAGGCGAGGCCAAGUAUCGGAAGAACCGGACAGGAUAUACGGGCUGCGAGACACAGGUAGCUUAAAGAAGGUAUUGGACUCCAUAAACAAGCACACCGCGUGUGUUGGGAAUGUCAAGACUCUGAGGGACACAAUUGAAGUGAGCCCUUUUGAUGACGAAGGUGAGCGAUUGCUCUUUCCUUUCCUGAUAAUGGAAGCCAAAUCUGGCAAGCACGGGGACAUGGCAGCCGUGGAGAUGCAAACAGCCUUUUGCAUUCGGCGCCUGUUGAGCCUACAACUUGAGUUACGGAAGGCUGGUGGUGAGAAUGUGUGUGGCACAUUUGAGCCGCUAGUCUGGUUUUUAUCGUGGUCUGGGGAGCGGUGGAACGUGGCUGGUUGCUUUGUCAAAGACGCAUGUGGGUCCAUUGAAUGGGUGACUGUAAACUUGUGGAGUGGAGAUUUAACGGGCGAAGACGGCUCGCUGCAGCUGCUUCUGAUUAUUGAUUACAUAUUCGACUGGGCUCGUGACGUGUAUCGGCAGUCUCUGCUGGCCCAGCUCAGCAGCCUGUCCACGGAAUGCAUCCCGGAUUCUGACCCUGAUAUAUUGUCAACUAUUGAGCGAGGUUCCACAGUCUUGACUUCUCUUCCGAAUGACCCCCUUGAGUUUCCAUCUCAGACUGUGACACGCUCAGCUAUUUCCAGCGGAGACUACUUGAGCCUCUUCCAUGCAGAAGGAGUUGUGAGAGACGCUUCCGUGAUCGAAUCUAGAUUCAUGGCUCUGUACAUAACGGAGCACGACGUGGAUCCAUUCAGGCUUUCGUUUGCCUCUGAGGGCACAUACCGAGUGACAAAGGUCGAAAUGUCCUCUCUCCUGGAGGACUCGUGGCGCUGCGCGCCAGAUACGCUUUAUGGCAUCGAGGAAGCUUGGACGGGAACUCCCAGAUCUGCCGUUUCCAGCCACGCGCCUGAUAGAAGCCCCUUCUUCUUUAUUAGGUUCACUUUCCGGGUGUUCGUUGCAUCAGACUGGCAGCCAGUACGCCAGCUUGUUUGUCUCGCCAUCUCCAGCAGGGCAGUAGCGCAGCUUUGGGGAAACGAGAGGUUAACCGUCUUCAACAGGGCCCCUCUAUACACAAGGCGCGAGAUGCAGAGAUUUCUCAAUUUCUUGAAAAGUCCAUCGAUAGUCGACACUCUGGCCGCCGCAAUAUCCAUGCAGUGCCUCACCAACACUUCGCGUAAACGCGCGGGGCCCAUUCCACCCUCAUUGUUUGGGUUCAAACGCGACGACUCAAUUUCUGUUCUGAAGUUGGUGUCGUUGGUCAUCGAAUCACACACUAUCGGACGACGUUUGUCACCAGACUCCUAUUUGCGCUGCUCGCAUAUGCAGUGCAAACAAAGCAUAUACACAGAAGGGCCGAAAGUGUGGCCACAACUAGAGCAAUUAUCUCUCCAUUCUAAUGGCACUGUACUAGUCGAUUGCGAAGAGAAAAUGUCCGGAAAUCCUCGCCGAUGCCUCUACAUCGUCGACGGCUCGUAUGAAGCUGCCGAUGUAGUACAUUUGGUGGACCGAAUGUCUUAUGAGGGCGCCUAUUAUAGUGCUAUCCCUCUGGAUCCUAGUCACGACCCAACAGAAUAUUCGGUCUACAUUAAUCGUCCCAUAGACCAUUCCAGGUACUGGAAAACUGAGGAGAACAGGGAAAGUUUCCAUCCCUGGAUCUCAGCGCUGCAAGAGCUCAUAUCUACUGGGUCUGUCCUCCACGGCUCGUCGUCCUUCCCGAUACUACUCUUGUCAUCUGACGAAGAAGCUAGCGACGACGAUAACAAUGAAACCACGCACAUUACAGUAGCGUGGAAAGAAGAUAGCUAA